GCGGAGCGCCAGCGAGCGAGAAGACCGGGGCUUGCCGACCGAGGUGACCCCAGCGGGAAUCCCCACUAGCUUUCCGCCGUCUCCAGGGUGGCCUUUGUUUUGGCCGCUGGCCCUUUAAGGCGCUCAAGGGGGCGGGGUUAAACCUUGGGCUCUAGAGGUUGUGGGCGGGUCCGGCGGUGGAGUGAGACCGGGAAUGCUCGGUAGGCGGGACUUGGAGAGGAGCAAGCCCCGGGAUUGGGUGAUGUGGGAGCCCGGCGGCAGUGUGCAGUUAGGAUUGGUCCUCGGGGCGGGGCCUGGAGGCUGAAAUUGGCUCCUGCGCUGGGACGGCGGGGACCCGGGAGAAUUGAUGGAGUCGGCUUCGGGAGCGGGGCCCGCUGGGGCCACUGAGGCCCUGGCCUCGAAGAAGACCAAGGAAAGAGCUAGAAUCCGCAUCCGCCGACGGUGGCGCAAAGUUAAGGCCAAAGCCUCCAGGCUCACUCUCGGCAUGGACUUGCACACCAUGACCCAGGCGCUGGUGUCUCUGGCAGAAGACAACAUAGCUUUCUUCGCCAGCCAGGGCCCUGGAGAGACAGUGCGGCGGCUGCUGGCCGUCUUUACAGGUGUCCGGGAGCAGGCACUGGGGGUCCUGCCGGCGCUGGGCCGCCUGCUGGGUGUGGCGCACCUCUUUGACCUGGACUCCGAGACGCCUGCCAACGGGUACCGCAGCCUGGUGCACACCACCCGCUGCUGCCUGGCCCACCUCCUCCACAAGUCACGCUAUGUGGCCGCUAACCGCCGCAGCAUCUUCUUCCGCGCCAGCCACAACCUGGCGGAACUGGAGGCCUACCUGGCUGCACUGACCCAGCUCCGCGCCCUGACCUACUACGCCCAACGCCUGCUGGCCGCCAACCAGCCGGGGGUGCUCUUCUUUGAGGGCGACGAGGGGCUGAGCGCCGACUUCCUGCGCGAGUACGUCACGCUGCACAAGGGCUGCUUCUACGGCCGCUGCCUGGGCUUUCAGUUCACGCCGGCCAUCCGGCCGUUCCUGCAGACCAUCGCCAUCGGGCUGGUGUCCUUCGGGGAGCACUACAAGCGCAACGAGACGGGCCUCGGUGUGACCGCCAGCUCCCUCUUCACCAGCGGCCGCUUCGCCAUCGACCCCGAGCUGCGCGGGGCGGAGUUUGAGCGGAUCACACAGAACCUGGACGUGCACUUCUGGAAGGCCUUCUGGAACAUCACGGAGAUCGAGGUGCUGUCGUCUCUGGCCAGCAUGGCAUCUGCCAACGUGAGGAUAAGCCGCCUCCUCAGCCUGCCUCCCAAGGCCUUUGAGAUGCCACUGGUUGCUGACCCCAAGCUCACCGUCACCAUCUCGCCCCCGCUGGCCCACACGGGGCCGGGGCCUGUCCUCGUCCGGCUCAUCUCCUACGACCUUAGGGAAGGACAGGACAGCGAGGAGCUCAACAAGCUGGUGAAGUCGGAGGGCCCCUGGAGCCUGGAGCUGCGGCCUCGGCCCCCGAACGCCCCCCGCUCACGGUCCCUGGUGAUACACAUCCACGGUGGUGGCUUUGUGGCCCAGACCUCCAAGUCUCACGAGCCCUACCUCAAGAGCUGGGCUCAGGACUUGGGCACCCCCAUCCUCUCCAUUGACUACUCUCUGGCCCCCGAGGCCCCCUUCCCCCGGGCCCUGGAAGAGUGCUUCUACGCCUACUGCUGGGCCGUCACAAACUGUGCCCUCCUUGGCUCCACCGGAGAGCGGAUAUGCCUUGCAGGUGACAGUGCAGGGGGGAACCUCUGCUUCACCGUGACCUUCCGCGCAGCAGCCUACGGUGUGCGAGUGCCAGAUGGCAUCAUGGCAGCCUACCCAGCCACCAUGCUGCAGUCCGCUGCUUCGCCCUCCCGCCUCCUGAGCCUCAUGGACCCUCUACUGCCCCUCAGCGUACUCUCCAAGUGUGUCAGCGCCUACUCUGGUGUCGAGACAGAGGAACACUCCGAUUCCAACCAGAAGGCGCUGGGCGUGAUGGGGCUGGUGCGGAGGGACACAGCCCUGCUGCUCCGAGACCUCCGCAUAGGUGCUUCCUCGUGGCUCAACUCCUUCCUGGAGUUCAGUGGACGCAAGUCCCACAAGACCUCGGCACCCAUGGCUGAGCCAAUACCGAUGCGGCGCAGCGUGUCCGAAGCGGCGCUGGCCCAGCCCGAGGGCCCGCUGGGCCCCGACCCAAUCAAGAGCCUGACCGUGCAAGACCUGAGCCUCAAGGGCAGCUCCGAGGUGUCCCACGCCUGCAACACGUCGCUGUCCGCUGAGACCCUGGGCCCCUCCAAGCCCUCGGAUGUCAACUUCUUACUGGGGCCAGAGGAGGUGUCCGAAGAGGCAGAGGAGGUGUCCGAAGAGGCUGAGACCAUCAAUAAACUGCACUCCCCUGACCGCAGCCUCGGCUCUGGCCCCUGCGCCAGCGCCGCCUUCCCGGAGGGCUUCCAUCCGCGGCGCUCGAGCCAGGCAGUCACGCAGAUGCCCCUCUAUUUUUCCCCCAUCGCCAAGAACCCCUUCAUGUCGCCGCUGCUGGCUCCCGACUGCAUGCUGGAGGGCCUACCGCCCGUGCACCUCGUGGCGUGCGCGCUGGACCCCAUGCUGGACGACUCGGUCAUGUUCGCGCGGCGGCUGCGCAGCCUGGGCCAGCCGGUGACGCUGCACGUGGUGGAGGACCUGCCGCACGGCUUCCUGAGCCUGGCCACGCUGUGUCGCGAGACGCGGGAGGCCGCGGCGCUGUGCGUGGAGCGCAUCCGCCAGGUCCUGGCCCCGCCCGGCCCCGCCGAGCGCGCCACGCCGCCGGCCUAG